AUGAAGUACAGCACUGUCGCCCUUGCCCUGGCCGCCGCCUCGUCGGCCUCGGCCCAGGACAUCUCCAUCUUCCCCGAGUGUUCCCUGCCCUGCAUCAUCGACGGCAUCGGCACGACCUCGUGCGAGGCGACCGACUUCGCCUGCGUGUGCAAGAACAUGGAAGCCAUCAAGCAGGCCGCCACCCCCUGCGUGGUGGACAAGUGCGGCCUUGAUACCGCCUUGAACAAGGUCCUCCCCGCCACGGAGAAAUUCUGCGCCGACGUCGGUAACGGCGACAGCGACGACGGCGGCGACGACAGCAGCAGCGAGGCGCCCCCUCCCCCUGCCACCACCACCCUGGCCACCGUCACCACCUCCGCCCCCUCCGAGCCGGAGCCGACCGAGACCGAGACCCCCGGUGGCGGUGACGGCGGCGACGACGACGGCGAGGGCGAUGGUGACGACGACGACGAUGAUGAGCCGACCGAGACGGCCUCGUCGGGCGGCUCCAUGGUCACGCCCGGCCCGACGGGCAGCGCCAUCCCCUCGCCGACUGGUGGUGAUGAUGAUGAUACCCCGCCGCCGGCGACGUCGUCGAUCCAGACGGCGGGCGCGGCCGUGGUGGGUGCUGUCGGCAGCUUUGGCAUGAUGCUUUUGGGUGCUGUUGCGGCGCUGUGA